UUCCCCCUUCAGUUUACUGUAAUCUCUCUGCCUUUCUCCCUUGAGCUUUCAUUCUUCAGAGAGAGAGAGAGAGAGAGAGAGGGAGGAGGGAAUCAUUUCACUAUCAGUCAUAUUCCUCCUAAAGCUUGAGAGAUCGGAUCUCGCGAAAGCUCACUGGAGACGAGAGCAAUGGCUGAAAAGAAGGUAACAAUGAUCAUGAAGGUUGACCUGCAGUGCUAUCGCUGCUACAAGAAGAUCAAGGAAGUGAUCUGCAAAUUCCCUGAAAUCCGAGACCAAAGGUACGAUGAGAAGCAGAACAAGGUGCUAAUCAAUGUGGUAAGCUGUUGCCCUGAGAGAAUCCUUGAGAAAAUACGCCGCAAAGGCGGAGAAACAGUGGAGAGCAUCGAGAUAGUCCCUGAGAAGAAGGAGGAGCCCGAGAAGAAGAAAGAAGGCGAGAAGCUGAAGAAGGCAGAGAAGAAGAAGAAGGAAGGGGAUAAACCCAAAGAGGUCGAAAAGACGAAGGACGCACCGGCUGCAGAAAAACCGAAAGAAGGUGGGAAAAAGAAAGAGGGAGGAGGAGACAAGCAUAAAGAAGGCGAAAAGAAGGAAGCGCAAGUUCACAAGCUCAUUGCCGAGCCCGUUUCAGGAGUCCCCACGAUUUAUCCGAGUGGAAUGUACUACCAGCCGCCUCAGCCUUAUUACCAAGGUUACGGCGCUGUGCCGUACAAUCAUGGGGUGCCGGCUUAUCACAGCGAGGGCAGUUAUGGUGUGAAUAGGGGCUAUAAAACGAACCGCUGCGACUACUUCAGUGAAGAGAACCCCGAGUCGUGCACGGUCAUGUGAUCGGAUCAUGGAUGGCUUGACGUUGCAUGUACAUGUUGACUUGCUUAAGGUAUUACUUUUUAUCAGCUAUGCUUAUAGUUGGAGGAUCUGUCAAAUUUUGGGGGACACUUGUGUUUGUCCGUAUGAGAGACCCAAAAAACAAUAAGGUUUGGUGGGAAGGUCAACGAUUUUAUGGUUCUGUUCGCUAAAAAAGAAUUGAGCAGGUGGUUUGGUAUUGUGAACAGAUUAAAUAACCCAGUUACUAGAUGUUGAAGUCUUAAUCAGUGAGGACCGCCAGUUCAAAUCAA